CCAGCCCAUGGUUUAAAAGCCUUCACUUCUUUUAUUUCUCCUCUCUACCCUCUUUCGCCUUUCAUCUGCUUUUUCUUCAUUGCAGAUUGAGAGGCAAAGAUCCAUCACCACACUUCUUUCACCUGCUGAACAUACUAAAUGUCCUCUAGUAUAUGAAUAUACAAGGAAGAUACUAGUACUUGGUGUUUUGAUCUCUUGGGCUUCAAUUUUCUACCUUUGCAACUAUAGUAUUUUCUUUUGAAUUGUCACCAUGUCUUUCAGCGGAACCCAGGACAAAUGCAAGGCAUGCGACAAGACUGUCCAUUUCAUUGAUCUCUUGACGGCAGAUGGGGUUCCCUAUCACAAGACCUGCUUCAAAUGCAGCCACUGCAAAGGAAAUCUUACGAUGUGCAACUACUCUUCCAUGGAUGGAGUCCUCUACUGCAAACCUCACUUUGAGCAGCUCUUUAAGGAAACCGGCAGCUUCACCAAGAAAUUUCCGACAGGUGCAAAGGAUAAGAAUGAACUGAAUAGGACCCCGAGCAAGGUGUCCUACAUGUUCUGUGGGACCCAAGACAAAUGUGCCAGCUGCAACAAAACAGCAUAUCCUCUGGAAAAGAUAACUGUGGAGGGAGAAUCAUACCACAAAACCUGUUUCAAGUGCUCUCAUGGAGGGUGCACCCUUACGCCAUCAUCCUAUGCAGCGCUCGAUGGCAUCCUCUACUGCAAGCACCACUUUGCCCAGUUGUUCAAGGAGAAGGGAAGCUACAAUCACCUAAUCAAGGCUGCUUCGACGAAACGGAGUGCUACUGAGCAAGAGCAAGCACCAGUGGAGCCGGCACCCGAGCCUGAAGAGGACCAAGAGCAAUCAUAAAGCCGUGCUGCUUUAUAAAUCAACAUUUUAUAAUUUUUUUGCCUCUUUUAACACCGGCCCUUCCAACUUUGUGUUGGUUCUUCUCUUUCAUCUAUAUUUGACUUGUGAUAAUGAAAUAAAUUGUAAACUUGGUUUUACCUUUUUUUUUUGGCGAUGCAAGAUCUUUCAAACCACAAAAAUAC